GUGCAAUUGAAGAAAAAAAGUCAGAAAAUGUUGCCACGUUUCAAGAGAAAAAGCCAGUAAUUACAGGUAACACGUCUACUAAAUUAGAAUAUAAUGAAAAUCCAUCACUAAAUCAAAAUAGAAAAGAAGUAAAUAGCACUUUUAUGUUUUAAAUAAUUAAAUAACUCCUAAUUCUUCGGCUAUAUUGAUUUGAAUCUUUUGGACAAUACAAAUAACAAAAUGUCUACGUCUUAUUUAUCUCAAAAAAUAUUAUGCGCAUUACAUUUACACUCUCCGUAUUGAUUGAUUGGUUGAUACAAUCAUUGAUAUAUCACAAAAUUAUGAUCUCAGAUCUGCAAUUAAUAGUAAUGUACAUGUAUAUAUGACGUCAGCUAUGCAUGUAGAGAAUAGUCGCGAAAGCAGCUUGUGUAUACACGAAAGAAAAUAAAGCCACGGCGAGAUUUGUCUCGCUAAAUGAAAACUAUUAGACAAAAAAGAAGUGGAAACAUGGAAACACAAACGAGCUGCAAAGACAGCAUUCAGAAUUUUCAAAAAAACAUCUUGCUUUGCUAUUUAUUGCAAUUUUAUAUUUUCUUAUAUAACUUUUGAAAUAAUAUUUGAAUUCGCUUUUCGUGUGAUAUCGAGAAUUAUGGUGGCCUCGUUUGUGUUAUAAACAUGCAAUCUCGCAGUGGUGAAAGCAACAUGGUAGACAUUGCAACAUGUACACAUGAUGAUAUGCAUGCAAAUUUUUAAUGAUUUAUAUUAUUUAUAUAAACUUUUACAAAUGUAUUGACUUUAACCAGGUUAUUAGCAGAGCAUGACCAGUUGUCAUGGCUACAGCUUCGCCACAUCGAAAAAUUAAAUAUUUUAAAAUUUUUAGUAUUUUUGCUGCCGAGCGCCAGCGAGGCACACACUAUUCUCGACGCACGUUGUGGCUUGAAUCUCUUGUGGCUUGAAUCUCGAUAUUUCGUCGAGUUGUAUGUCGCAUCCAAGGGGGUUACGGAAAUUAAUGAAGUAUGAAGGGGGGGGGGGGGUGUCUAUCAUCGUUGAAACAAUAUGCGAUUUUAGUGUUCGAUAUAGAGCUAGGUAUUGAAACAAUAUCAUGAUAUUACAAAAAUAUAACUAACGAUGUGUCGUUUAUCAAUCUUCAAUUACUGUGUAAGAAAAAAAAUAGAAACGACAUCGUCAACGUAAUCAGGCUUAUUAAAAUAAGAUUUCUAUAGCAACCCAGUGUGGAUUGUUGUCUGCAUAUUUUAUAGCAAUGAUGUAUUUGUCAAUAAUGAUCUAUUCGUCAAUAGUGUGUUAAUUAUAAUACAACGAGUAAAAAUGUAAUAGCAUGUUAUCGAGAUGAUUUUGCCUUAUGAACCUAUAAUAUAUGGAAAUGCUAGUAAAGAUUAUUGUUAUUGUUAAUGUUAUUGUAUUAGGCAAAUGAGAACCAUACUGAUAAAUGUUUUAUUUCUAGUUGGUAUUUUGAACGCUCGCUUUAUUUCAUGAAUUUUGCUAUAAAACAAACCAAAAAGAACGAACACGGAAAAUUACUUGCGCGAAUUUAAAGCUGAGCGAAUGUGUCUCAACAAAGUGCGCGAAAUUAAAAUUUUAUUAAAUCGCACGAAUUUAAAGCUAGCGAAAAUGAAUACGACGCGAAUCUUUAAUACAAGUAUGAAGGUCCAUAUGGUAUCAUAUUUCAUAGUAACGAACAAUGUAAAAUAGCCGCCGAACAUAACUUUGGCCCCUUUGGACAUAUCUUUUUCGUAAUAGUCUUAUUCGAACCGGAAUCCAAAACAUUAUUUAGAGUGUUAUUUUCAAGCUUGUGUCGUCAGAUUUUCACCUUUUAUUUCGGUACUUACAGAAAUAAGUAAAUAGUAUUUAUAUUUUUAGCGCGGCCAGUGAAACGUUCUCAAAACAAAGCGCUGUUUACAUCCUGGCCCUAGGGGUUUGGAAAAACCGGAAAUCGAUUCUACAAGUCAAAGUACUCACAGUGGCAUGGUUUACACGUGCAUCGGGCUAUAUAUGGCCAAGCAUACACCUGGCGCGUGCGUGCGAAUGAAAACCCGAUAUUUUGAAAAAUUCAAAAAAAAUAUUUCUACUCUGUGCCGUAUUCAAACGAAACUUUCUACAUGAAAGCGCUUGAAUAGAAGGAGUAUUUUACUCACAUUGACUCUAAGCAAAUUCUGAAGAGUUAAGAAGAUAUUCAUGUGAUUGGUCUUAAAUGAUGAACGAGAAACCAAUUUGUGCAGGAAACAUAGCCAUAGGGGAUAUAACCUUCACGUGCAGGCUUGCCAUGCUACCUAUGAUGAAACGUGGAAAUGAGGCCAUUGAGUUAAAUGUAAACUGCCCUUUAGAGAAUUGUCUAGAAGUAUAAACGUUUGCAUACAGUUCAUGUUGGCAAAAAGGCAGCACUUUCCUUGCGAUAGUGACUCCUAGUUCACACAAUAUUUUGAUAUAGCUAUAAUAUAUGCUUGCAUUAAACUUAGUAUUUUUAAACCCCUCACUCACAAGUGAGAUCCCCGUUCGGAAUUUGGAUUUUUUCAAUCUAAAUAAAUGGCACUAAUAAAUGCCUGCAAUUAAUUUCACAAUGAAGCAUGAAAAGAAAUCUACAAAUUUAAAUGUUUUGCUUCGUCAGUUUAGUUGAACAUUUCAGAAACAAUAAGCGAUAAAAAUGAAAGAAUAUCACACGUCAUGAUAAGCAUGCAAAAUUAUAAAUAUCCUCUCAUUUCAUUUUUUCAGAGGAGUGGGUGGAUGAGCUGAUGGAAGAAGCGUGCAACCCAAGCAGAACAGAAAGAAUACACCAGUGAAGACUUGGUCCUUAUGGAAAAAUACAUCAAAGAAAUUUCUCCUUUGUACGUGUAUACUCGCCAAAUAUCAAUUAAGGAACCUUUCACUGAGAAAGUUCGUAAAGCCAUGACAGAAAAUGUUAAAAAGUCAGUACAUGCAAGCUUCUUGAAUCAACACGUUCAAGUUGGCGGGAAAAAUGGAAAAUUUGCUAACGGGGAUAGAAAAGUUUUCAACUUUGCAAGAAGCGAAGUAUUUAAAAAUGCAUCGACUCAAAAGCCUGCAAGACUGAAUGAAACUUUCGCUUCAUACAUCAAAUCCAUUGGUCAAAUUGCAUGUGGCAAAGUUCGAGGGACAUGUUUCCUUGUUGCGGACGCGCUGGUGAUAACGAACUAUCACAUUUACAGGAUGAUUAAAGAUGAAAGAAAUAGGCUUCGGGAUCCCAAUUUGCCCAUCACUGUUUUGUUUGGUUAUUUGCGCCCUGAACAAACAGAACAUAUUUUCACUGUAGAAGUUGAUGAAGAACGGGACACCACGUUUGAGAAUCCAUUCUUGGAUUAUAAAUUUUUUCAUUUAAGGCAAAGCGAAGGUCUUAAUUAUCGUGUUCCACUUGGCCCAAUGGUAAGAAAUUGGCAAUUAUCAGAUGGGCAAGUUAUCAUCCUUGGGCAUCCGAAAGGAAAGGAAAUGAAGGAGGAAGUCUGUGUUGUUGUCGGCUAUCGCAAGAUGCAGGAGAGAAUAAGAGAAAGACAUGAACAGUUUAAUGGCGUACAUAUGACCAAUGCACAGUUACUGCAGAAAACUGAAGAUUACCAAGGUCGUCUGUCAUACGACACUAGUUUUUUCCGUGGUGCUAGCGGAUCUCCUGUUAUUGAAAUGAAUGGAAACAUCGUCGCCAUGCACACACAGGGAUACCUUCUUGACAGAACAGAAGAAAAUAUUCCAAAUCAGCAGGAACCUAUCCCGCAUCAAGAGCAACAAGAUAUUCCUAGACAAAGAAAUACAAGAACAUAUUCCUUGAUGGAGUUUGGUGUCCAGUUUAUUUCAAUAUGUAGAGAUAUAAGACGACAGCAUGGUGAAAAUGUUGCAGAAACUCUUUUUCCACAUUAUAAACUGAAACCAGGCGAAGCACCAAUGGAUGCAAUCUAGUUGUACUUUCAAAAGUUGUUGAGACGCUUGCGGUUUUAGAAUAUCAGUGGAUAUAUGCAAAUUAUUACAAACGUUUAUAUCUCCCUCCCCCUCCCCAUUUUUAAAUGGGGGGGGGGGGAGAGAGAUAUAAACGUUUGUAAUAAUUUGCAUAUACCACUGAUAUUUUAAACAUUAAAAUGUUGUUUACCCGAUCAAACACAAAAGUAAGAUGGUAAUUGAGACUUAACAUUGAAAGAGGGUCGGGGAGGUAUAGUGCUUAGGGAUAAUGUAUAUAUAAUUUGUGUAAAUAUGCAUAAUAGAUUAGUUUGGAUAAUUAGGUAUAAAUAGGGGUCGUAGAAGUCGGCCGUAUUGAUUUUUGUACUUCAAUAAUAACAUGUAGAAGUUUGUAAGUUUUCUAUAUACAUCUUUUAUAACGAAAAAACACUAAAAGAGAGGGGUGGGUAUGGAAAUUCGAAAAAUAAUAAGUAGUCAGGUUAUCUUUGUAAAUAAUUGCACAAACUAACAUGUAAAACCCCUUUCCCUCCGUUUCAAUGUUGCUCUGUUUGCUAGGAGAUUUAUUAACAAGAGAGUUUAUAUUAAACUGUUUCAGAUAAAAUAUUAGUUUCAGUCUCGCAAUAUUGAACAGUGGGAAAGGGUGCUUAUAUGCCCAUAACUAAAUGACGAACUUCAGCCUAAUCGGUUCACAAUUUUCACUGAUUGUAGGAUACAUCUACAAAGACCAAAAAUUAUAAACUGUACACUUUAAUUUGUACAGGUUGUUGCGCAGGCAACCAAGUUAGAAUCUAAUAUAUCUUGAAUCAAAAAUCUUAUAUUAACAACCUCUCCCAUGCACUGAUGAGGUGUUUAUAUAUACAUUUUUGUCUAGACUGUUCUCGCUGGAGAUCCACUAAUGGCUAGCCCUAUUGGUCAGCUCAGAGUCACUACAGAAGGAAACCUAAACCAUAUAUAGUUC